UCCAAAGAAAUUACAAUUCCUAAUAUGAUGCUUAUAGGAGACAAUUAAAUAAUAUCACAUGUCGUAAUACAUAUUUAAUCCAUUAUUUUUUAGCAAGACUCAAUCUAUGUUAUUUGAUUAUUAGGAAACGGGCUAUUUCUUCUGAAUCAUCGAGUGAUCUGACAGACUAGCUGCAAAUUCAUACUCCUCUAGCAAUCUGUUAAACGACAGUACAUUUUGCGUAACGAGUUAGAUAAAACUUUUCAAUUACCUGAUAUUUUCAAAUCGAUCGCAUAAAUGACGAAUGUGCGCGACAAAGCAAGUACAAAAUGUACCUUUGAGAAAUCGCAUGUGAUAUCGUAUCAAGUAUUGCUUGUUAGAAACGAUACUCUGUCACGAUAUACGAGGCAUUGACCCCACGUUACAUCGCUGAUCUUUUUUCUUUCGAAAAUGACAGAACAAUUGUCUAUAUAUCGUCAAUAUGCGUCUUUCAUAAAACGUAUACUUUUCUGCGCCGGUUUAUGGCCUGUAGAAAAUAAAGAGUGCUCAUAUUUCUAUCGGCAUUUACCUAUUUUGAUCGUAUUAUCUGGAAUCUUUAUGUUUUUCGGUACAUUGAAAUUUUGUCUAGAAAAUUUUGAUAAUAUUAAAGUAUUAACGAAAGGACUCAGUCCUUUAGGAAGCUUUCUCAUAGUAGCUGUGAAGGCACUGAUGUUCUUUUUAUAUCGAGAGCAAUUACGCGAACUGAAUUUGAAUCUCGAAUUAAUGUUCGAAGAAGUACUUGAAAAAGUAUGUUAUCAACCUGUCGUAUUUUCAUGGCUCAAUUUUUUUCAACGUCCUGCAUAUAUUUUUUACUAUUUGACAAUAAUCACAAUAAUUUUGCUUACGUGUACACCUUUUUUAUUGAUCGGUUAUCAAGUUAUCAAGGACAUAAAUCCCAAACAUUACGUUCUUCCUUAUCCUUCCAUUUUCCCAUGGAUCGAUGGUAGUUUCGAUAUACAAUAUCAAGUACAGUUUCUCUUCGAAAUUCAAAUGGGUUGGUUCAUCGUGUUUGUGACCAGUGGAGUUGAUUCAGCCUAUGGUUUUUAUAUAUUUCAAAUGAUCGGAAUAUUACGUGCAAUGUCUUUGGAAUGUGAAAAGCUUGGAAAAUCGUCUAAAGAGCACGAUAUUACUUUACGUAAUUGCAUAAGGAAGCAGAUCCUACUUUUCCGUUGUCGCGACAUAAUUCAGAAUAUUUAUGGACCAGUAGUAUUGAACUUGAUGUUGAGUAGUGUUGUUAUAUUAUGCGCACUGAUAUUUCAGUUGUUACAGACAGAAAUAAGUAUAGCUAAAGCUACUGUGGCUCUUCUUUAUGGGAUAGUGAAAAUGACGCAAGCGUUUUUGUAUUCUUGGUAUGGAAGUAUUUUAAUUACCGAGAGUGAAGCGUUUAGACGUAGUGUUUAUUGUAGCGAAUGGUACCAGAAUGGAAACAUUGAACUGAUGAAAGGUGUUCUUCUUAUAUUGGUACAAAAACCGAUUGUGCUAUCGGCAUGUCACUUAUUUUAUAUUUCAUUGGAUCUUUUUGUUAAGAUAUUGAAUACAUCCUUGUCAUAUUACUUUUUGUUGCAAACUUUCGAUGAAGCUAAUGAUAAACGUUAAAUCGACCUAAUAUGCCUUAUUUCUUAAUUUUAUAUAAAAAUAAAUAGUAUAAGCAUUAUAUACGCGCACAUGAUUUGUAACAAUAUCACAAUGUGUACGUUAUGUAUAAUAUAUGAUAUAAAAAGUUAAAGCACACGUGAUUAUGAUUUUGUAUUGUUUUGUAGUAUUUGUAUUAGUAUUUGUAUAAUAUUCACUUUGUACCUGAUAUAUUAAAGCAAUUGUAAAUUA